CGAGAGCGCGCGCGUGGUUAUAAGGGCGCGGGGGAGCCGCGCGCUGUAGAGUCAGGUGCCUGCGUCUGGCCGUCGGAUCCCGCCAACAUGUUCAGAAGACGCCUCCAGGAGAUCCCAUCUUCCAGCAGCAACGUGUCCACCAGCAGGACCUCGGAGCUUCUCUCUGGCACGAUAACGUCUUUCCUUAAGAAGGAAAAGCUGGACGAUGAAAAUACUCUACAAGAUACACCAGAGGCAUCGCCCGGUUCUCACAAACGGCAGAAGAUGAAGGAGAGGGACUUUGUCAUUGCCCGCCGGGCUCGGAUGCUCCGUGAUUCAGGUGUUUCUUGGGAUACACUUCCAGAUGAAUUGCUUUUGACCAUCUUUGCAUAUUUGCCCCUAAGUGACUUGUUAAGAGUUUCCAUUGUUUGCAAGAGGUGGCAUUGUCUUUCGUUUGAUGAAUCUCUCUGGCAGACUCUCGAUCUGGCUGAUAAAAUUUUGCCGCCAGGAGUGGUUGGACAGUUGCUGCCUGCAGGUGUUACUGUAUUCCGCUGCCCACGAUCUUCUAUUGGGAGCCCAUUGUUCAAAACAAGCCAACCUCUCAAACUUCAAUGUAUGGAUUUGUCGAACUGUACAAUGUCUGUUGAAAGUCUCCAGAGUAUUCUUAGUCUGUGUGAAAAGUUGCAGAACCUCAGCUUGGAGGGCCUAGUGCUUUCUGAUGACAUCAUCAAAAAUAUUGCUCAGAAUCCCAGUUUGGUGCGACUAAAUCUCUCUGGUUGUUCAGGGUUUGCUGUAGAACCCCUGGAGCUGAUGUUGAGCAGCUGUUCUAAGCUGGAUGAGCUGAACUUAUCCUGGUGUGACUUCACAGGCGCCCAUGUGAAAGCAGCAGUCAACCAUUUUACUUCAAAAUUAACCCAAUUAAACUUAAGUGGAUACAGACAGAAUCUACAAAUUGAAGAUGUUCAGACACUGGUGGAAAGAUGUCCUUCACUUGUCCAUUUAGAUCUAAGUGACAGCGUGAUGUUAAACCCUGAGUGUUUCCAGUACUUCCAAAAACUCCGCUGGCUACAACAUCUGUGUCUUAGCCGAUGUUAUCAGAUAAACCCUGCUGACUUAGUGGAACUUGGUGGAAUUCCAACAUUAAAGACUCUUCAGGUAUUUGGAAUCGUGACUGAUGGCUCCCUAGAGGUCCUCAAGGAAUCUCUUCCUGACAUAGAGAUCAAUUGUUCAUACUUUACAAAUAUUGCAAGGCCAACUUUUGGUAAGAAAAGGAGCCAUGAGAUUUGGGGCAUCAAAUGCAAGUUGGUGCUGAGUAAUUCUAGUGGCUUGUGAUCAUGUACAAUGCACUGGAUGCAAUGAACAUACUGUGUGUAGUGAAGCUCCUUAAGAACAGAAUGCUGGAGCACUUUCAGUGAUAGUAUUAUUAUUGUAAAAUGCAUUCUGACUUGGUCUUGUGCCUUAAUGUAGUUUCAUAAAUAUUCUCACAGUAUUUUUUUACUUAAAGCCUUUAGAAAUCUGAUAAUGUGGGAGCGAUUGUGGACUCUUUUCUUCUGUAACUGGGGAUAUUUUUUUCAAAAGUACUGUGAAAAAAAAACUAUUGUAAUCAAAACAGUGCCAGCCUAUAGUGACUGUUGCAUGUUCUGAUGCAGCUUUUGGUGCUUUGAGGUGUUCUGAGGGUGCUUCUGGUUAACUCUACCAGUUCUACAGCUCUUGAAAUGGCUUGUAGGGGUGCUAGAUGUUCUAAUAAGGCUUAUUAAAGAAUUGCCUUUGUCUGAGUCUGUGGACCUCAAAGUGAAUUAUGGCGUUAAACCCAUUUAAAUGUUCAGUUGAACAAGAUAUGUAGUAAGAUGAGAAACUACCCACUGUUUGUGAGACAGGGUACUGAGUCUGAAUUUACGAAGCCUGAAGACAGAAAGGAUGUUCACAGAAAAGCAGCUAAAUAAUGCAGAAGUGAAAAAGUAGUAUAAAGGGGCUGAUGAAGUUUUUCUUGAGCAGAGCAUAAAGAUAAUACUUGUUUUAAUAUUCUUGUUAGCAAAAUACACUUUGAAAACCCCAUUCAGAACAAGCAUCUGUAAAUGUAGAUACUGGUUAUCAAGUCUUUCAUGGUGUGGUGCUGUUUUCUGAUACAAGGUUCUGCAAUAUUGAAGCUUCUGUGACCUUGACCAAACUUGACGAGCUUGAUAAAAACUCUUAAAAAAUAUUCUUCUACAUCCUUUAAAGAUCUUUCAACUGCAACUCCUAAACUGUCAGGAAUCUUGCAGGAGGAGGUCUCAAAUGAUUAUAAUCUUGGACCAAAACCUCAGACUGCAGUGAGUGCUGAAAGGGGUAGAUGCUUUGGUGAUAUUAAGAAACAUGACUUCAAAUUUUUUUUUGUAAUAGCUUAUGUUUGCAGUAUCACUUCUCUUGUAUCUGUAACACUAAUCAGUACUGGCUAGUGUUGGGUUUUGGGGUUUUUUUUGAAGUUCUAUGAAAAGAUGAAUAAUUGUCCAAAAACAAACUAAAAAAUAUGAUCAUGUACUUCUGUCUGUAUGUGUUAUGAUGGUCCUUGUGUAUAAGCAUGGAAUGUUCCAGCAAAUGUACAGGUUAGUUGAAAAGUUCUGGAGUAAAACUUGCACCCUGUGUAGGACAGGAAGAUGCUGCUGUUGCUUCCAUGAAUGCAGCAAUCAAGCAGAUAGUAUUUAUUCAUGGAUAUUCAAAGUGAGCCUACAGCUUUACUGUGGGGUUGUUGCUGUUUAUAGUAUUCCCAUCUCAAUCUGAAGAGAAGGGCUCAGGAGUAAAUGCCUGGUCAUACAGAUUAAUUACUGUGGAAAGACUGUACGAGUACUAGAAUUUUAACUUUACUUUCUGUAGUACAGCAAAUACAGCAUUGUCUUGUUAAUCUGCUCUGGUUUGGUUUUUACAAAGUUUUAACUGUUGACGACAAUUACAAUCACAGAAUUGUUAGAUCUGGAAGGCACCUUAAAAUUAUGUAAGAUCCAACACUCCUGCCAUGAGCUUUACACUAGACCAUGUUGUUGCUUAACUCACUACUGGGCUUGUGCCCUUCACAAAGGAGUUAAUGGGCAAUAUGCCUUGUGAAAACUGGCCUGGAGAAGCAAUGGGAGGUUGGAUAUUGGAUAUUGUGUUGCUUCACAGUUUGCGACCUGAAGUUUACGCCUUAAAUGAGUUACUUCAAAAGUAAAUCUCUGCAGCUCAGCACUAGUGUAAAUUCUUCUUCCUAUGUAUCAUGUAACUCCAUGCAACUUGUUUUGCCUUUAAUAAAGAUCUGAAGAAUUGA